UAACAAAAUCAACACAAACAAAGCAGCCAAAAAAUUUACCGAAGAGUACUAAAAUGGAAACCAUCUGGCAUCACCUGCAUCAUAUGUCAGAAAAUUUCCUUUUCUAGACGAGCACCUUUUUUUUCAUUUCAGAAACUCAAGCAGUUUAUAAAAAUAAGGACGCGUUAGCAAACAGAGAAUUCAUAGAUAAUCAAAUCAUAAAAGACCACAGCGCCAACGCAUUCACUUGCACGAGUAUCAAACCCCCUGUAAAGGAAGUGCAGCAUACGAAUCGGUGAUAAAGGAACAAAAAAUUGUGAAGAAAAUUUAAGGGAAAAUUGCUGGAAACAUGUCGGCGGUGCAAGUAGAAGUGCAACAAAACAACGAGGAUACAAAAUUGAGUGGUGUGAGUAAAGCAGCGGCUAAAGACACCGACUCCACCGCCUCCACGCUCAAUAAUGCGCUGAACGAGAAUAAUAAUGCGGUGGAAACGGCCACUAAAAUGGAUACGUCAACAACACCACAAGAGGCCACUAACAACGGUGUGGAUGAACAAAAAGAUUUAGCAGAAAAUUACAAAAAUCAGGGAAAUGAGCUGUUAAAGAAUAAGGAUUUUACUAAAGCAAUUGAGAUGUACACGAAAGCUAUAGAGUUAUGUCCUUGUGCAAUAUACUAUGCCAACCGUUCACUAGCUCAUCUGCGUGAAGAGAGUUUUGGUUACGCUCUACAAGAUGGUAUCGCAGCUGUCAAAGCGGAUCCAACAUAUUUGAAGGGUUAUUACCGACGUGCCGCUGCUCAAAUGUCACUUGGUAAAUUCAAGCAAGCUUUAGCCGAUUUUGAAUAUGUCUCCAAAUGUCGACCCAAUGACAAAGAUGCUAAACUCAAGUACACGGAAUGCAAUAAAAUUGUUAAAAUGCGUGCUUUCGAACGUGCCAUCGCGGUUGAUACACCCGAAAAAACGUUAGCGGAAAUGUACAAAGAAUUGGAAGACAUAACUAUCGAAGAUGCUUAUACGGGGCCGGCCCUCAAAGAUAACAAAGUAACAUUGGAAUUCAUGUUGGAACUAAUGGAGCAUUACAAAAACCAAAAAAUCUUGCACCGCAAAUACGCUUACAAAAUACUCUGCGAUGUUGACGAAUAUAUGCGUACGCAACCCUCGCUCGUUGACAUCAAUGUACCCGAUGAAUCGAAGUUUACAAUUUGCGGCGAUAUUCAUGGUCAGUUCUAUGAUCUUAUGAAUAUCUUCAAAAUCAAUGGCUUGCCAUCGCCGACGAAUCCAUAUCUGUUCAAUGGCGAUUUCGUUGAUAGAGGCUCAUUUUCUGUUGAGUGUAUAUUCACACUUUUCGGUUUUAAACUUUUAUAUCCGAAUCACUUCUUCAUGUCGCGUGGCAAUCAUGAGAGCAUCAACAUGAAUCACAUGUACGGCUUCACCGGUGAAGUAUCAGCAAAAUAUACCUCACGCAUGGCUGAUAUGUUCACACGUGUAUUCAAUUGGUUGCCGCUCUGCCAUUGCAUCAACAAGAAAAUCCUUGUUAUGCAUGGUGGUCUCUUCUCGAAAGACAAUGUCGUCUUGGAUGAUCUGCGCUGCAUCGAUCGCAACUGCCAGCCACCAGAGGAGGGACUCAUGUGUGAACUAUUGUGGUCCGAUCCGCAGGCAUGGCCCGGUCGUGGACCCUCGAAACGUGGUGUGGGCAUACAAUUCGGACCGGAUAUUACAAAAACAUUUUGUAAACGAAAUAAUCUGGAUUAUGUGGUGCGCAGUCAUGAGGUCAAAGAUAUGGGCUAUGAGGUCACACAUGAUGGCCAAUGUAUUACAGUGUUUUCGGCACCUAAUUACUGCGAUACCAUGGGCAAUAUGGGCGCUUUCAUAACAAUAAAAGGCAAUGAUUUGAAACCGAAUUUCAAAUCAUUCGAAUCUGUGCCUCAUCCUGAUGUAAAGCCAAUGGCAUAUGCAAACAGCUUAAUGAGCAUGCUCGCCAUGUAGUUUAAGUUAAUUCUGUAUAGUAAUAUAAAAUUGGGCAGGCGUUUAAGCAAGUAUUGUAUAACUUAAACAAGAAAGAAAGCAAACAAAAAAACAAAAAUCAAUAGACGAUAAAAACAAAAAAAAAUGUCAGCAUGUCGUAUGAACACUACCGCAUUUUGAACUCAAAAAUUGCUCACAGAGUUUCACAUUUAUAAAAAGAAGAAGAAGAAGAAAGAAAGAAAAAAUUCGUAAACUGGUGCUUAGUAUAGAACAAAAAAAAACACUAAAAUGUGGAAAAUGCUAACUACAAUCUAUUUUUAAAUACUAGAAUGGUGUAUACAACAACAAUUACUAUAUAAUUUUAAUAGUAUACCGGUAACCAUUGUAUUCGAGAUACGCAUUUUUUUUAGCGUAGCAACAACAACAACAACUUCCUAAAAGCUUGGCUUUGUUGACUUUUAUUUUGCAAAUUUCAUAUAAAAAAGAACAAAAACAAAAACAAAAAUGCAGCGUAUAUUAACUAAAACUAUAAAAUCUAUACAAAAACA